AUGAUCCCCCCGGAGAAGCCGGGCGCCGCCGCCUCCGCCCCGGGCUGUCGGGCGCUGCGGCCUCCGGCCCGCGGGCUGCUCGCUGAGAUCCGCGCCCGCCUGCGCUCCGAGCCCUUCCGGGACGCCUACGGCCUGAGCCCGGGCCGCGAGCUGGGCAGGGGGAAAUUUGCAGUAGUGAGGAAAUGUAUAGAAAAAACUACUGGAAAAGAAUUUGCAGCAAAAUUCGUGAGAAAAAGAAGAAAAGGCCAGGAUUGCCGGAUGGAAAUAAUUCAUGAGAUUGCUGUACUUGAGCUAGCUCGGGACAGCCCUUGGGUUAUUAAUUUGCAUGAAGUAUAUGAGACACCGUCAGAAAUUAUCCUGGUUCUGGAAUACGCUGCUGGGGGCGAAAUCUUUAACCAGUGUGUUACCGAGCAGGAGGACGCCUUUAAAGAAAAAGAUGUCCAAAGACUCAUGCGACAGAUUGUGGAAGGUGUCCACUUCUUACAUUCUCACGAUAUUGUUCAUCUUGAUUUGAAGCCUCAGAACAUUCUGCUGACAAGUGAAGCUCCGCUGGGGGACAUUAAGAUAGUGGAUUUUGGCCUUUCAAGAAUAGUGAAGAACAGUGAAGAGCUCCGAGAAAUUAUGGGGACCCCCGAGUAUGUGGCUCCCGAAAUUCUUAGUUAUGAUCCUAUCAGCAUGGCAACAGAUAUGUGGAGCAUAGGCGUGCUAGCCUAUGUCAUGCUGACAGGAGUGUCGCCCUUCCUGGGUGACAACAAACAAGAAACCUUCCUGAACAUCUCACAGAUGAACCUAAGUUACUCUGAGGAAGAAUUUGAUGGUGUGUCUGAGUCAGCUAUUGACUUCAUCAAGAGACUUCUGCUUAAGAAGCCUGAAGACCGAGCCACUGCUGAAGAGUGCCUAAAGCACCCAUGGCUGUCAGGGCGUGGUGAUCAGGAUCCGUCAUGCAAGAAGAAAGGAGCGCUGGCAGAAGUGAAUACUCUCCCAAAAGGCGAAUCUGUACCUCACGUUGAUGCAGAUACCGAGGCAAGAGGAUCCAAGGAACGCCUUGGGACAGAGGAGUUAAUCGUAGUUACUUCAUACACUGUAGGACAAUGCAGACAGUCUGAAAAAGAGAAAAUGGAGCAAAAGGCCAUUUCCAAACGAUUUAAAUUUGAUGAACCAUUACUGCAAGAAAUUCCAGGAGAAUUCAUCUACUGAAAGUUCUCUUUAGAACUUUAAGAUUUCUACAUUGAAAAUGUUAUUUAUGGACCUCUGGCCAAAUGGUACAUGCACUGGAAGUGAACAAACCAUAUCUCACGGAUAAAAAGUAAUUUUCUCAAACUUGUGAAGUUAAGUGAAUCAAGCCAGAUUAAUGAAAUCACCAAACAGGAGUCCUAACAGUUAAUGUGCUUCACAGUUCUGUUAAAGAAGAGAGAUGUUCGCACCUUUUUAUUCGAUAUCCUGUUUCUCUAGAUUGAGAACUGUAUACAGAUAUUUGUACCCACUUUAUUUAAAAAUCCCAGUAAAAGUGCCAAUACUACA